CUUUCAUGUUUUCUUCAUCGAACGCUGAAAUCAUCCGGACCCUCUGCCUCUGUGGGCACUGGUGACCUACAAAGUGAUGAACAUUGGACUUGGCAGAUGCUGUAAAAUCAUGGAUGAUGCACAGCAACUUCCAAGUACCACCAGUUUGAUGUGUAUAAUCACAUUAUCGCCUAUGCCGCAUCGCGAUGCUAAUAUCAAUCAGUUCCCCGACAGAAUGCUGUCGGGACUUGGAAGCAAUACUACAGAGUCUCUGAGUCCAUAACCCUUACACCCGGAGGACAUCAAAGAAAUUACCGAUAGCACAGCAAAGCACAGGCUUGUAUGAGAGGCGAUCAACGAAGGAUAGAAGCAUCGCCCAAUCACGGUCAGCCCCUGGAACAGCGAUAAGUAACGUAAACAACAUGUCACUGCUAGUCUUAGUUACGUGGGAUCCACUAAUAAAAGAGAACUUACCUUCAGCCUCCAUCAACAUUCAAGUCACUUCGAAGUUCCUACUCUUUGUACAUUCUCUAUUCGUCAUGGAAAAGCCUUCGACAUUGUUGAUUGAGCAGCUACAAAGCGUCCACGCCCGUCAACGCAAGGUUAUCCAACAGCUUCAGGCGGAUAACGCUAGACUGCUCAGCGACCUCGUCGAGAUUCGUCGGGAGAGAGACGCUUUCCGAGCGGAGGCUGCGAAGCUUCGCAAGGGCCAGGCAGAGCUGCACAAUCAACUGGAUGAAACGCUGUCAGAGUAUCAAGAUUUGAGGCGCGAGCGUCUCACUCUUUCCCGCGCAUUCAGCAAUGCGUCUUCUUUCGGGCGGCCGUCAAAAACUAAUAAUAAGGCGAUGCACAUCUUAUCAGCGUUGACAGGAGAUGAAACAAAGAGCCCAUCUCUUGAUUAUGGCACAGGCAUCACCCACACCAGUCAAAAUUCAUAUUCAAGUCGUGAGUUGCCAGAACCCGUUACAACCGAUGGGCCUCAAAUGGACGAGCCUGUUCGCCGAGUUCGGAAGCAGCCUACGCCUGUUCCAAGGGCAUCAUUGUAUGCACUUGACAUGAACUGUUGAACGUGCCAUAGGAAUGAGCAAAAUGAAACACAUCAGGACAUGGCAGGGAGCGCAAAGGCAAACUGCCCGCUGUAUCAUAUUGCCAGGGAUAUGUAUCAGGGGAGAAUG